ACGGCAGUGCGCAUCCGCCGCGCUGCUGCUGCUGCUGUUGCUGUUGCACGAAGAAGAACUUUCGGGGGAAGAUGCACGAAGAGGAGGAUGGCAGCGAGACGGACUCCUGCAAAGCUCCGCGGGUCGUGGCCGCCAAGUCCGUGGACAUGGCUGAGGUGGAGAGCGCGAAGGAGCAGCAGGCUGCCUCGAGGCUGUGCGGCUAUUUGAACAAACUGUCCGGCAAGGGGCCGCUGAGGGGGUUCAGGCCGAGGUGGUUCGUGUACGAUCCGAGGAAGUGUUACUUGUAUUACUUCAAGACUCCGCAGGAUGCACUGCCACUCGGACACAUCGACAUCGGCGACGCCUGCUUCUGCUACGACGUGGAGGGAGAAGAGGGUCAGUUUGAGAUUCGCACCGCGGAGAAGGAGUUUCUCUUCAGGGCCCCCAGCAAGCAGGUAAUGCUUUACUGGCUCCAGCAGUUGCAGCAGAAGCGUUGGGAGUACAGCAGCACGCGAGGCUCCGGCCAGAGAGACAGCUGGAGCUCUCCGACCCUGUCCUUCCCUCCCACUGGCCUUGUCGGCAAAGACAAUGAUGGUUCCAUCUUUGACAAGCUGAGCAGCAGCAUGGAGAAGGUGCGUAGUGACUUUGCCAUGGAGACAGAAACAGAAGGCGGAGCAAUGGUGGGGAUCCAGUCAGCGAGAGGGUCCUUACCUGGGACCACAAACCCACUCAACUUUUCACUCAAAAACCUUGGUACAGAUCUCAGGAACUCCAUGUCUUAUCUGCGGCAAGGCAAAGGAGCUGAGAGCAGGCGCAGUGUCUUCUACACCAGUAACAACAGCGCAGAAGAGUGGGAGUUAGUGGAUGCCCCACCCAAAGACUUCCCUGAACAGAAACAGCAUCCAGACAACCAUAGACAUUCCUUCGGAUCAGCAUUUACUUUCGACUUUGUGCGCAACUCAGCGAGGCCCAAAAGGCCUCUGCUUCGGGACAUGAUGGGCUCUGGGAGGUUUGGGCGCGGCGCUGAGACACGCAGUACUGAGAGCUCCCCGGUGGAGUGUAAUGGCAGCAAACCCUUGGAGAUGCAGCUUCGUCUCCAGAGCCAGCAGGAAGAACUGAGCCGCAUGGAACAGGAACAGGCCAAACUCCGAGAGGAACUCUCCGGUCACAAGGAGCUGGUGAGACUUCUUCAGCAAACUCUAAGGACGUCUCAGUGCGACAGGCCAACAGCGCGAUGUCCGGCCCCAGCUCCUGAUGCCUCUGCAGCCACAGACCAGACUCAGACUCCCACGGUAACCCAGGAAGAAAUCACCCAGCUGGAGAGCCUGCUUCAAGAAAGAGACGGACAGAUCCAGUCGCUGUGUGGCCACAUGGAGCGCCUCGCCUUAGAGAAGGAGAGCCUGCAACAGGAGCUAAAAGGCUUGAAGAUUAAAGUGGGGGAAAUGAAUGACCAGCUGGGGAUGCUGAUGGAGACCAUCCAGGCUAAAGAUGAAGUCAUCAUGAAGCUUUCGCAGGAGAGCUCUGAGGACGACAGGAGUGCCAGUGACACCAGUUCACUGUCUCCCAACAAAGAGCAGCAGGAGCUGGACAUCCUCAAGGACAGUCUCCAAGGCUACAAAUCUCAAAACAAGUUCUUGAACAAAGAGAUCCUGGAGCUGACAGUAUUGCGCAGAAAUGCAGAGAGUAGAGAAAAGGCUUUGGAAGCAAAGUGUAUCGCGCUGGAGGCCAAGUUGUGUCAGGUGGAGAGUAAAUAUCUGGUGCUGCUUCAGGAAGUGAAAAACCCAGUCUGUUCAUCCUCAGAGCAGAAUCCUGCCCAUGACGUCAUUUCCAGAUUAUUGGAGGAUGCCCUGCAGGCAGAGGGCUCUGAACAGCAAGAACAUCCCAUCUUCAAACCAAACACUGUCAGCGAGUAUGACGUGUUUGGCUUCAAGACGGUGCCUGAAGAGGAGGAGGAGGAGGAGAAGCUGGUUGCAAAGGUGAGAGCCUUGGAGCUCAAGUCCUUGUCCAUGACAAAUCAGGAGGUGUCCGUUGGAGUGAAGUGGGAGAACUAUCUGGCCGGCACCAUGAACAGAGACCUGGUGCGCUCCCCUGAGCUCAAAUCCCUGAUUCGCUGCGGUGUUCCCCACGAGCACCGGUCCCAGGUGUGGCGCUGGUGUGUCUCCUUCCAUGUCAAAAAGUUCCGGGACCAUUUGGCAGCAGACUAUUACGAGACCUUACUGAAUGUGGCCCGGGAUAAACCCAACCCUGCUUCGAAGCAGAUCGAGCUGGACCUGCUGCGCACUUUGCCAAACAACAAGCACUAUGCUUCUCCAAGUGCAGGCGGCAUCCAGACCCUCAGGAACGUCCUGAUGGCAUUCUCCUGGAGGAAUCCGGAUAUCGGCUACUGUCAGGGACUGAACAGACUGGCUGCCAUCGCCUUGCUGUAUCUGGACCAAGAGGAUGCCUUCUGGACUCUUGUAGCCAUAGUGGAAGUGUUCAUGCCAAGAGACUAUUACACCAAGACUCUGCUUGGCUCGCAGGUUGACCAGCGCGUGUUCAAGGACCUGAUGUGCGAGAAGCUGCCCCGGCUCCAUGCCCACUUUGAGCAGUACAAGGUCGACUUCUCCCUCAUCACCUUCAACUGGUUCCUGGUGGUGUUUGUGGACAGCGUAGUGAGUGACAUUCUCUUCAAGAUCUGGGACGCCUUUCUGUUCGAAGGCCCAAAGGUGAGACACGGAAGAGAAAGUGAAAGUGUGUCUCUUUAAUUUAGGGUUAGUUUC